AUGUUGCGUCAGACCUCGAUUGCCCUUCGAGGGGCAUUACGCAGCUCACCAGCUCGUCCCCUCCAACAGAGAUUCUUCGGCGCAUCGGCCCGAUACUACGCAAAUGAGAAGGCGUCCUUCAAAAGCCAGCUCUACGAGAGUACCCAACAACGUCUGCAGCGUGAGCGAGCCGAGCAGGAACGCUUCGCUCAGUUCCAAACACAAUCAUCCGGAGGCCGAUAUGCCGCUCUAGUCUUCGCUUUGGUCUUCUUUUCCACCGGAGCAUACUACCUCGGAUCCCUCAAGCCUGCUGCCCUCCCAACCACAUCUACUAGUCAGCUGUCCGAGCUCGACUCUCCCAAGCACAAUUUCUCUCCAUCCAACCUCCAGGCCGCCUGGUCCGACUUCGUCGAGAUUCUAGGUAAAGACAAUGUCUCUACCACCCCAGGUGACCUCGAGUCCCACGCCGGAUCGGACUGGUCUUCCUACUCUCGGAGGGAAGACGAGAAGCCUUUCCUGAUUCUUUACCCGGAAACCACCGAGGAGGUAUCCCGUAUCAUGAAGGUCUGCCACCAGCGCGUGAUUCCGGUGACUCCGUACUCAGGUGGUACCAGUCUCGAGGGUCACUUUGCCCCAACGCGGGGCGGAGUAUGCAUUGACUUCCGCCGGAUGGACCGUAUCAUCAAGCUCAACAAGCACGACCUUGAUGUAGUUGUUCAGCCUGCAUUGGGCUGGGAAGAGCUUAACGAAGAGUUGACAAAGGAUGGUCUCUUCUUCCCACCGGACCCAGGCCCUGGAGCCAUGAUCGGCGGUAUGGUUGGCACAGGCUGUUCCGGAACAAACGCUUACCGUUAUGGAACCAUGCGCGAAUGGGUCCUCUCCUUAACAGUUGUCCUGGCUGACGGAACUGUCAUCAAGACCCGACAGCGCCCGCGCAAGUCCAGUGCUGGAUAUGACCUCACCAGGCUUUUCAUUGGUAGCGAGGGUACCCUUGGUCUUGUCACCGAAGCAACAUUGAAGCUCACUGUUCGUCCCAAGAGUGAGAGUGUGGCCGUGGCUAGCUUCCCUAGCAUUCAGAAUGCCGCGGAAUGUGUCACCAAGGUUGUCGAGGAGGGUAUCCCUGUUGCGGGUGUGGAGAUUCUGGACGAUGUACAGAUGAAGUGCAUUAAUGCUAGCCAGAGCACCAGUCGCCAGUGGAAGGAGUCGCCUACUAUCUUCUUCAAGUUUACCGGAACCCCGGCUGCUGUGAAGGAACAGAUUAGUAUGGUCCAGAAGAUCGCUUCCAAUGCCUCUGGAAAAUCAUUUGAGUUUGCUCGCGGUCAAGAGGAGAUUAAGGAGCUGUGGAGCGCCCGCAAACAGGCCUUGUGGAGUGUUAUGGCUAUGCGCAGAGGACCUGAGGAUCGUGUCUGGACAACUGAUGUGGCCGUGCCAAUGAGCCGACUACCAGAGAUUAUUGAUAUCACCAAGGAUGAUAUGGUCAAGAGUGGAUUGUUGGCUGGUAUCUGCGGUCAUGUUGGCGAUGGAAACUUCCACGCCAUCAUUCUUUUCAACGAAAGCGAGAAGAAGGCCGCCGAGGGUGUGAUCCAUCGCAUGGUCAAGCGGGCUGUGGAGAUGGAGGGUACUGUGACAGGAGAACAUGGCGUUGGUCUUGUCAAGCGAGACUACCUUGCCCAUGAACUGGGUGAAACUACUGUAGAUGCCAUGCGUCGGUUGAAAUUGGCCUUUGAUCCCCUCCGUUUAUUGAACUGCGACAAAGUUGUCCGAACCGAGAUCCCAGCUCCUGGCGAAGUCAAGGAGUGGUAA